AUGCGCUAUCAGCCACGACUUCGGAAUGGAAAGGCUGCGCCGUUGCCCUGGCCGCUGGCCAUGUACCGUCGCCUCAAUCAUAUCGCCUGGCCGCUGGAGGAUGGGGCCAGUCGGCGUAUGGUGCUCGUAGAACGGCUGCUAAUCUUUGUGGGAUUUAUCAUAUUCUGUGAGCACAACGAGGUGGACAUGCAUUAUGUGCUGGCCUAUCGCAACGAUAUUGAUAAGAUGCUGACGGGUGUGCCCACAUAUUUGGUGCUGUUCGAGAUGCAGAUACGCGGCUUUCAGCUGGCCGUCACGAAGGAUUCGUUCAAGCAGCUGCUGCAGAAAUUCUAUGCGGACAUGUAUGUGAGCCAGGAAUCGGAGCCAGUGAGAUUUGCUCGCAUCCAAAGGCAGAUGCUGGGCACGCGUCUCAAUUCGGUUGUAUAUUUAAUGGCACUGUUCAAUUUCUCGCUGGUGCCCGUGCAGAAUGUUAUCUAUCAUCGACGAGAGAUGCUCUACCAGCAGGUUUAUUUAUUUGACAAUACAAAGCUACAGUACUAUAUACCCCUGAUCUGUGCCAACUACUGGGUGGGCAUUAUCAUUACCACGAUGCUCUUUGGCGAACUGAAUAUCCUGGGCGAGCUGAUGAUGCAUCUGAAUGCCCGCUACGAGCUGCUCGCCCGGGAUCUGAAGCAGGUGGCCAAUGCGCUGCUGGUGCACGGACAUCCAGCUAAAAUUGCAGCUCAGUAUCGUUGUGCACUGAUUGAAAUAUUGCGUCGAAAUGCUGCUCUGAAUCGCUUUGGCCAGGAAAUGGAGCUGGAAUUCAGUUUUCGUAUAUUUAUAAUGUUUGCCUUCAGUGCUGCCCUACUCUGUGCCAUGGGCUUCAAGGCUUAUACGACGGAUCAAUUAAGUGUCAUGUACUACUGCUGUGACUGGGAGCAGGUGAUCUACAAGUCGAGCAAUGCUCAAGAAAAUGUGAAACUUAUGAAGCUAGUCACAAUGGCCAUCGAGAUAAACUCACGGCCAUUUUACCUAACUGGCCUAAAGUAUUUUCGCGUUACGCUGGUCGCAGUACUAAAAAUAAUACAAGGUGCUUUCUCGUACUUUACUUUUCUAACUUCGAUGCGUUAAGGCCGGUCGCAUAAAUU